AUGGGGCUGAUCUUCGCGAAACUAUGGAGCCUCUUCUGUAACCAAGAACACAAAGUAAUUAUAGUGGGACUGGAUAACGCAGGGAAAACCACCAUUCUUUAUCAAUUCUUAAUGAAUGAAGUGGUUCAUACAUCUCCAACCAUAGGAAGCAAUGUUGAAGAAAUAGUUGUGAAGAACACUCAUUUUCUUAUGUGGGAUAUUGGUGGUCAAGAGUCACUUCGGUCAUCCUGGAAUACGUAUUACUCAAAUACAGAGUUCAUCAUUCUUGUGGUUGAUAGCAUUGACAGGGAACGACUCGCUAUUACGAAAGAAGAAUUAUACAGAAUGUUGGCUCACGAGGAUUUACGGAAGGCCGCAGUCCUCAUCUUUGCCAAUAAACAGGAUAUGAAAGGGUGUAUGACCGCAGCUGAAAUCUCUAAAUACCUCACCCUCAGCUCAAUUAAGGACCAUCCGUGGCACAUCCAGUCCUGCUGCGCUUUAACAGGGGAGGGGUUAUGCCAAGGUCUAGAGUGGAUGACCUCCCGGAUUGGUGUGAGAUAA